AACGACCAAAUUAAACCCUUUUUUCGCAAGGCAAACCCCCCUUCCCUUCCGGCGAUGGCAUCGACGUCGGCGGCGGCGGCCGCCGCGGAGUGGAAGGUGGCGGAGCGGAAGGUGCUGGUGGCGCGGAAGCCCUGCUUCGGGCUCCCCACCGCCUGCCCCACCAGCCUCCCCGUGCUCCUCUACCUCCGGAUGGCGCAGGUCCCCUUCGACAUCCACGUCGACACCUCCUUCCCCGACGCCGAUCACAUACCAUAUGUCGAAUUUGGUGAUUGCGUGGCGUUCAACAAUGAGAAAGGGGGUGUGAUUGAGUAUCUGAAGGAGGAGAAAAUUUUGGACUUGAACUCAAAGCACCCAAGUGUUUCUCCCGCCGAUGUGCUGUCCACGAAGGCCAUGGUUUCGACCUGGCUCGCGGACGCUUUGCAGUAUGAACUCUGGGUGGUUACUGAUGGAAGCAUCGCGCAUGAUAUCUACUUCUCUGAUCUCCCCUGGCCCAUCGGAAAGAUACUCCAUUGGAAGAAAACUAGAGAUGUGAAGCAUCUACUGGAUAUAACGAAGCUUAAUGCUGCAGAAAAAGAGGAGGAGAUAUACCAGAAGGCAAGUGCUGCAUAUGACGCAUUGUCUUUGAGAUUAGGGGAUCAAGUCUUUCUAUUUGAUAAUAGCCCUACAGAUGUUGAUGCUCUUUUCCUUGGACAUGCUCUUUUUGUGCUCAAUGCAUUGCCUGAUACAUCUGUGCUGAGGGGCACUUUGCAGAAGCAUGAAAACUUGGUGAACUUUGUAGAGCACCACAAGAUCCAAUUGCUGGAAGAAUCAUCAUCAUCAGGGUUAGGAUCAUCACCCAGUCCAUCAUCAUCAUCCACCCCCAGGAAAAGAGCAUCUGCUGGCCAAAGUUAUAAGCCGAAACCCAGAGCCAAGAAGGAACGGACCGAGGAGGAAAAGAAAUUCAGGCAAAGAUCAAAGUACUUCCUGGCCGCACAGCUUGUUGGAGUCCUUGUGUUCCUAUCACUGAUGGGCGGGGCUGAUAGUUCGGAGCUAGACGACGAUGACGGCUUAGAUUAUGAAGAAUAGAUCCUCCCAAUGUUGUACUACAUGAUUCGUUUCAAGCCCAGCCUACAGUACAACCUUGUUGGGUGCUGUGAAAAUUUGUUCCCACCGUCAAUGAGAUGUGGUGCACUUGAUACUGUAGCUAGGAAUACACCGAGUUUGUUAGCCUUGGUCAGCUUCAUAAUCUGGGCGCACACGUGUCCCUCUUCUUCUUCUUCUUCUUCUUCUUUGGCUUCAGUGAAUCCAACUGUAAGCAGAUUCGAAUUUUGGAGCUUUGGAGAUGCUUCUUUGACACAUGUCGAAUCUGUUGGUCUGAACUUCUGUCCAGUCAAUAUUACAGGUUUGCAAAAUAAGCCCUUGUUUACUUC